AUGACAAUAAAUGUAAAAGAUGGGUGCGCAGUUAAUGAUGCAAUUGUACUUGUGAUGAAAGUAGCGCGUUGGUUCGGCAUCGCUCCGGUGCGCUUUGUGAAAUUAAAAACGAAAACAAGUGAACGACAAGGCAUUUCAAUGAAACGGUACUUUCAAUGCCUUAUUUUCGUCUUUAUCUUUUGCGCUUGGGUUCUUGAGGUUGCCGAUAUGUGGAAGUACAAGGAAUGGUUUACACUUUAUGUUCACUGGCAAAAUUUUGCUGUCAUUUCCAUUUUAGUUAUGAUGGAAUUUCAGUUUAUACUCAUCGCAAUGUAUAUCAAUACUGGAUUCAAAGCCAUAAAUGAAAGUCUUUAUAACAUCGUAUCAAAUUUUUAUGAAGAAAGUUCAGAAAAACUUUUGAAAACCCAUAUUUUAAAACUACCAGUGAAUUCAAUUAACGCAGCAAUCGAUACGAUCGGAAUGACGAAUCAACGAUAUCCAGAUAUGAAAAUAAAACAAAAGCUCAAAUUGGCACGCAAAAUUCGGGAAGUUAGUCAAUGCUAUGUGGACGUGUGUGAUGUUCUAAGGGACUUGAGCAGCUCCGAGAGUAUCAUUUUAUUUCUUCAGCUUAUAACAACAAUUGUACAUAUCGUUAUAACUUCCUUCAAUGCGGUAAAAAUGAUAAAUUUGGAGAACAGAGAUGGUUGCCAGAACUCGUAUCUUGCUAGGACAAAUAAUGUGCCGCAUAACGUC